UUUGCACCAAAUCACUGUUCAGGUUCACCUGGUGCGCCGCGGUGCCUGCACCUGUCGCUAAAAACUCAGACUCACCUUUACGUCGGAUUUACCUGUCGACCAAAAUGCGCAAAUAAUAAUCCUACCUGAACCGAACGAUCCUAUCUACACAUCAUCUGAUCAAUAAUCAUGAAGAAAGGAGCGUUGCAUUUCUUGGGUCGAAAGAACCAAUCUCUUUUCGACACCAAUAUCAAAAUCAAGGACAUGGAAACUGCAGAGCUGGUGCUGGAGUCAUCAGCGAUCCCAGAGUCCGGAACCGCCAGUGUGCGAGCAAGACCCACAGUCAAGCAUCACUCUUCCUCAAGUAUUGACAGUUUUCAAGGGUUUGCAGUCCCAACCCCCAAAGUCCCCCUUCUCCCUCCUGUCAAUGGUCCAAAGAUCAACGGUUCAGUUGGUGGAGAUCAUUUGUCCAAUGGAUCUGUUAUAUCUAUGCCUGAUCUCAUGGAGGGGGAAAUAUUUGUUCCACCUCCUCCUUCUAUGGCACCUCCACCCCCACCAGGGACUUUUAUCCCUCCUCCACCAGACUUCAUGGGUGACCUGAACAGUCUAGACCUGGCAACCCUCGAGCCUCCUUCCAUGCCCGCUCCAAAAUUAAAUUUACCUGCACUGUCCAUGGGGGAAGAAGACUUAAACUUCUUAAAACCACCACCAAUGGCUCCGCCAAAGCCUCCAUCUACUUGCUCUACUGGCUCAGCGUCAUCUGUACCGAUUUCUAGCCCACCACCUGCAAACGUUCCUGAGCAUCCAUCAUUUGCCCCACCACAGCCCCCUUCUGAAAGGCAAAACAAGACUUUUAAGACACCACCUCCAAAGCCCGUUAGAUUAUCCUCUAUCUCCAUCCUUGACUCCCCACCACAGUCUCCUGCCCCACCUCCCCCCGCGCAGACACCAACACGAUCUACCUUCAAUCCCCAAAACACAGCAAAGCUUUACAGUGUUCCUACAACCUCAAUUCUCAGUGGGUAUGUAGAACGUGACACAAGACCCAAGCAGAUGUUACUCCUAGAAGAUUCUUCCCCAGUGCUUGUCCAGGUGGAUGGGAAAGCUCCUAAAGUGGCUACACCACCUAAACCAGCACUUAAAGAUGUACAGGAGCUGAAGGAGAACUUACAAAUUACCAAACCCUCUCCAUCACCCCUGCCUGAGCCAAACAAGAUAAAUGAUAAAACAGGGACAGUUUCAGCACCACCAGAAAUAAACAAACCACAUCAAACAUCACCACAGCUUCAGAAAGUGAAUAGUACUUGGGUCAAUUCACAGUCCAACAAUGACAAACUUCAAGGAUCUCCAAGUCAAAUUCACAAUUUCAGUCCGUUAUUAGAUCGUAAACUACGCAAUCUGAAGAAAACUGAAACCAAUGGGACACGAGAAGGACCUGCAGCUUCCCCGAUGGCUCUUUUAUUGGCGGCUAAAAAAAGAGAGCAACAAAGAGUGACUCAUUCUCUGUCACGGGAAAACAGUGCCAAGAACAAUGAGCAGCCAAGUUCAAGCAUUCACCCGAGUGACUCAAGUCCCAAUUCCUUUAUUGUCACCCCAAAGUCCAGCUCAGCCUCUUCUCCAACAUCUGAAGACAUAAUACAGGACCAUUCAAGGUCUGCCAGUCCUGUGGACCAUACACAGACAAUUCAGACUCCACCAAAAUCCAGCAGUCCUGCAGCAGUCAGGGAACAGAUGCCGUAUAGCAGUCUGGCUCUCAACAGGACGGCUGCAUCCCAAAGUACAACCAACCAGGUUACGCAGAAACAAAACAUAGAACAAAGUCCUUCGAAGUCUCAACUGACACAGCCUGAGGAUAAAAAAGAGGAGUUAAAUAUGCCAUUACUGCCUCCACCACCAGAGUUUGAUGAUCUAGAUGGGUUUAUGGAACCCCCUCCUUCCAUCCCUCCACCUGACCCUCCUAUGAAAAAGCCACCAACACCAUCUAUAAGCCUUCAACCUCCGGCUCCCCCAGCUCCAUCUCCAGUUCCAUCUCCUCAACCAAAACCUAAACCUCCAGCAGCUCCAAAACUCCCACCUCCUGAAACUAGUGUCAAACCAAAGCACCAAGUGCAGACAAAACCCAAGGUGGUACCCUCUCAGCUACCAGCCAACCUUUCACCCAGUCAGGCCACACUCCUGAGCAUCUUACAAAAGAAGAUGUUGGAAAUGGACCAGAAAAUGACCCCAGUGAAGGAGACAGAGUCCAGUUCUGACGACUGGGGGACCCCUUUGUCUGAUGAGGACAAUAAGGUCCCUGUUGUUCCCAGGUCCACAACACAGAGCAAAAAUUACCCUGUAGUCAACAAAACAGCAGGCAUGAACAUGCAGGAAUUGGAGAGUAAAGUGGCCAAAAAAUAUCAGGAGGCGUCCACACUUCCCAAAAUUCCCACCAGCAACGGGCCGUCAAGACAUCAGUAUGGUAUGACCUUCACAGUUCGGCCAGGAACCAAACAGCCUAUUACUCUUGUUAGUAAAGGGGAAUCUUAAUCAGAUGUAACUGAGAUGGGUGUUUAGGACAUUACAUGCGAUUGGAUAAUGUGAUUUUCAUAUCAGAAGAAAUUUGUGGAAUGGGGAAAAAGCACUUUGAACAAAUGAGUUACUCAAAUGUGGUUGGCAAAUAUGUUACAAAUGUCUCAAACAACAAUGUUAUAGUCUGGAUGUAUUGCUCAAUCUCUGGAGAACACAUUAUCACUGUCAAAUAGUGUUUUCUGAUUGUUUUUUAAGUUUGUUUUUUUGCUGCUGCUGCUGUUUAUUCAGUGUGUGUUGUGCAUAUAUUGACUUUUUAAUGAAAGCUUUCAAUCAGU